AUGCCUAAGGGCAAGAAAUUUAACCCUAUGCGUUUAAGUUCGCUACACAAGCAAAAGCCAAAGAGCCCUUACUAUUGUUGGCUGCAGGAUAGGGGUAAAACAAUAUUUCUCCAGAAGCAUGGGGUAUACUAUGAUCAAACUCAACCUCACUAUGACAAAAUGACCGAAAUCUGGCAUAGUAUACCAAUUGAAGAAAAGAAAAUGUACUAUGAAAGAUGCGGUAAGAAGUGGAAUCCUCGUCACGGACAAACUGAAGCUCCUGUUAGUAAUCCGACACCAGAUCCUCAUAGACCUGUAUCACCACAACCCCCAUCUACUUCGCAGCAGUUGCGACCACAACCCAUUCCUGCUUCCCGCAGAAUACCUUCUCCCUCCUUCGGUAUGAGACGCACACCAUUUUUUGAACCGAUAGACAUUGUUGAUCUUAAGUUUCCUUCAUUAGCGGAGAACGAGAGAACUCUUGAUGAUGAAUGUUCGAGGCUUUUUCCUCUAAUACAGAGCUGUAGACAGAAAGCGAUUAGAAGUGGAUCAAAUAACGAAUGUUUGGGAGUGGAGUUUUACUUUGUCACCGUUGCUUCAACUUGUUCCAUGCUGGAUGCUGAUGGCAUCCAAUACACUUUUCCCAGCGAAGUUGCUAUUCUGCGUUUUUCUUUGGAACACGGUUUAAAAGCUCAAGAAAGUUUGAGGGUAGCGUUCUCUCCCAGUUAUUUCCAUAACUGCCCAAAACCACUGUUGAUCAAGAUGGGAAAAUACGCUCAAAUAGCUGGUUCUCACUUCAGGCUCACAACGGAUGAGGGAAUGACUCCUCAGGAAGCUUACAGUAAAUAUAUUGAUUUCGUAGAUACAAACUCUCCAAUAAUAUAUAAUGAUAAGGAAAUAGAGCUGAUCACCUCUACUUUGAGAGCUCUUUCUUAUCCAGUCUUCGUGAAUAGAAGUAAUUUAUACUCUCUGCAAGCUUUGUGCAAAGUUGCAUGCAUGGUAUCCGCUGAUGAGAAUGGCCUUGAUAAGAGGAUCUGUACACGAUUCCUGGAUUUUCUCCAUACUGAAAUCUUAUACGACAGAGAUAUUUAUUGUAAUUCUCAUGCUGAACUGGUCAUGUUUACGAACGAACCGAACUUCAACUGUCCUUUAGCUCAUGCUUUCUCAAAACUUCAUCUCUUUUUUGAGUUCAUGAAUCAUUUCGAUAUGCUGGGAAUCUCCAAGUACUACAAGGAAGACACCCAUACCUUCUGCAUGAGCCAUGUUGGACCUCGAUCAGAUUUAACUGUUUCCAGCGGAUAUACUAGUUCGUCGAGUCAAUCGGAUAAGAUUGACGAUGGAAGAAGUCUAGCAGACCAUUUGAACAGAAUGAAUCUACUGGAGGCAGCAGAUGAUCCUCCUCCUAAUCAACGCCUGUCUAGUUCCAAUAGCUUUAAUACCAUCGAGAACUUUAAUGCUUUAAAAAAUAUUUUCCAAAAAUGUGAGCAAUACUGGGUAGUUUUACCAGAAAUUUGUUUCGAGACAAUCCCAGAUUUUGUAAAAUAA